AUGUCAACCAUAACUGAUAUUGUAUUUAAUAAUACAAUAUAUUCUCCAUGUGACGAUUGGGGUCUUCUACUACACCAAAUAAAUGGGCCAUCUAGUCUAAUAGAAGUUCAAAAUGCAGAAUUAAUCAAAUUUAUGAGAAAUUUCAAUGACUUAACUGGGUGUCAAAAUCAUAUUCAAGAGAAUAAUGAUAAACAUAUUACACUUUUUGUAGACGAUGUAAAUAUGCAAGCAUGGCUAUUAAAUGGCUCUGUUGAUGUAAAUGUAGAUGAUAUUAAUAUCUUUUGUCGAAAUAUCUAUGAUAAAGAAUAUUUCAAACGAUGGAAAAGACGUCAGGAACGUAGAAUUCGAAAUAUUAUUACGUAUGAUGAGCUCAAUCGAGAAUUAUUAUUAUUUGGGAUGAAAUUGAUUAAAGAAUUAUGUGUCUAUUUUCAAGAUGAUCAUGGAAUACUAAAUUUAUUAGAAGCAGAUUAUGAAAGAAUUCGUUUAGCGUUGAUAAAUUCAUUAUCACAUUGA